GCGUACCUACCCGUUAACCCAUCUCGGAUUUUAUUCCGAAAAGAGAAUGUGCGCGUCCUCAGCUUCAUCCCUCUGCAGACUUGAAUUUUGCUAAAAGCCAUCCGCGAUCACCCCCACGAGACGACGCACGACCUCCGGCGCCACCGUCCGUACGAAUUUCCCCAUCCAUUAUCCAAAGCGUCAUUCUCAGUCCGUUUAAUUAAAUGCUUUUUUCCUCACAGCCUGUCUUCGAAACCACGCAAACCUCGUCCUUACCUGUUUCUUUGUUCUUAGGUUUCUUGCUAGACUAGAAACUCGAAUUCUCUUGAAUUCCUUAAGUUCUCAGUAGCUGUUUUUUGGAAUUUUUUAGAAUUUUCAGUCUGAUUCCCGUUUUCUUCACUUUCUUGCAUUUUCUUGCAUUAUUUUCUGUGUCUCGGGUACUAUGGGGAAUUGCUUCGACAAAUUGACGGCGGAGAUCGCGCCCUCCGACGUCAUCAAGGGCUCUCCCGUCGUCCGGUUGUGCGGAUCGCCGACCAGCACCGUCACCUGCUACGUCCGAUUCGGUCUGCUCUACAAGCCUGUCUCUGUGCACUUCGUACCCGCUGAGGAACCGGAUCACGGGUCGGGCGACCCGGUGAUCCGAUUCGGAUCCGAGACGGUUUCGGGACCGCCCGAGAGGCUGAUCCGGUACAUCGACUCAAAGUUCCCGGACCCGCCGUUGCUGAACGGGGUGCCGGGGGACGAAAAGACGCCGUUGGCGGUGCGGGUGGCGAGGCUGCAGCACAGGAGCAUGACGUGGCACGUGGAGAGGCUGGUGAGGUGGGCGGAGGACCUGGCUGCGCGUGGCGGGGGGGCGGCGGCGGUGGAUCCGGCGGUGGGGAGUCUGCGGAUGGAGGUGAAGAAGUUCGGGCGGAGCUACGGGCAACUGUUGGAGGUGAUGCUGGAGCACGCCCAGAUGGAGGAACGGGUCGUCUUCCCACUGUUGGAGUCGGCUGAUCCAGGGUUAUGUAAAGCAGCAAAUGAGUACCAUGCCAGGGACCUACCCAUCAUGAAUGGCAUCAAAGAAGAUAUCAAAUCCAUAGGAGUUCUGGACACAGGGACUCCCUCCUACCAAGAAGCCCUCUUCAAUCUUCACAAUAGACUCAAAACAUUACAGCAAUACUGCAAAGAACACUUUGAUGAGGAGGAAAGGAAGCUACUUCCAUGCGUGGAGGCAGUGGAGGUGAGCAGAGAGCAGCACGGGAGGGUCUUCGAGCGGUGCUUAGAGGUAAUGGAGGGCACCCACUCUGGCCUCUUCCCCUUUCUCAUUGAAGGUCUCCUCCCUCGGGAAGCAAUGCAGUACUUGGAUUUGAUCAUCACCCAAUGCAGCAACAAAGAGCGAGUGGCAUCCAUGCUUCGAGCUGUCACUAAGUAAGAGAACAUCGAAAACAACCCUCGACCCAUUAUACCAUUUCCUCUCUGUUGAUUCUUUUUCCUUUUGAGCUGUAACAAAUUGUGGUAUAGUUCUGAUCUUGUGUGCGUGGUUGUUCUCUUGACUCGUGGAAAGUGGAAACUUAGCUGAAAAGGCUGCAGAGAAAUAGGGGAAAUUGAGAUAGAGAAGAAUGAUAGAUACAUGAUAGGGUACAUAUAUGUAACUGUGAUUUUGAAAUAAGAAACCCUGUUGAUGACAGUUUUAAGAGCUACGGUCAGUGAUCUGGCUAAAGCAAAAUAGCUGGUUGCUUGAUUUGGAA